CCUCGCUGUCAAGUGACGUUUUUGUAGAAAGGAAGAGUGCGAAAAUUCUCUCAGGACAGUAGUCCUUUCGAUUUAGACGUCGCAGGUACACAAUCUUAUUUAGCAAUACAUUAUAUUCAGCACCCUUUGGGAGUACUAACAGCACAUCUGGUCCUGUCAGCGUUAUUGAACACCAGUCUGUUUGUUGUGGUAUCGAACAUCAAGGAAUGCUGUCAGCAGGGAGCCCUUCCAAAUGGCAAGUGCAAGAUUCUCUCUCCUCCUCGCCCAGCCUUCUAUACAGUGAGAGUGACCAGACAGAGGAUGAAUCUGAGGUCUUCUCAUCUGAGGGCGAAGCUUCAAGCAGUGUGGCUGAUCCAAAGCCGUGUUUCUUGGCCAAUGGGAGCAGCCAAGUUUCAAAAUCAUCUCUAACCUUUCUGAACCAAAGGAGCAUAAAAGUUAAGAAUGGUCAAACCUGGUGUUCUUUAGUCUACACCGGUCAGUCAUCAGAGUCAGCUCAAAGGACUCCUACAGAGGGAGACUUGAAGUUUGCACGCAAAUGUUCAGAACUGCAGCUGUACAUCAGGCCUCUAAUGGAGCUGUUGAAUGGAUUGAAAAUGGGUCGAUAUGAUAAAGGUUUGAGUACAUUCCAGCAGAGUAUUGCCAUGGAAAGACUGCGAAAGAUUCUGGGUGUUUUACAACAACCUGAACUUGGGGAGAAGUAUAUGGGCACUCUUUUACAGCUGGAGAUUAUGUUAAAGGUUUGGUUCCCUCAUAUAGUGCCUCAGCAUCGCAGUACCACCUCUUCAGUUCACAAUCCUAUUGCUAGUAUCCCACCACGCUGGAAUCAAGACCAGUUACAUAUCCCUGUGAAGAAACGCAGAUUAAGCUGGUCGGACUCAGACUCGCAAAGUUCUCCCAGUUGCAAACGCGUUCAAGACGAGGAUCAAGGACAGAGCUUCAAUGAUACCAGCACGUGGCUCAGCAGCACAGAAACCACAUGUAGUGAACUUGAAGAUGACAGUGCAGUCUGUACACAUCAAAAAGAAAUGACAUCUGAACCUGAACUCAUAGAAAACAGCAGUCUUCUUUUAAAGGAGAAGACAAUAAAGCCGCCUCCACUUGUAAUACCACCCUCAGCCACAGAUGGCAGCAGCUUGGGCACGCAGGACUCUUCUGUGUCCUCCACAACUCCUAUUUCUGACCCACCAGCAGACUUGGGUAUUGGUGGGAAAGAUAUUGUGUGUCCCAUUGCAAAGGAUUCUGUGGACAGAGAUGGGCCAAAAAACAAGUGCACAGUAAAUCAUGUUCCACAGAAAUGUUAAAUGCAUAACAUUAAUUUCUCUUGUCCAAAACAUUUAUUGAAGAAUGCAGUUCUCAUCCUGUUGAUAUUGGGAACUUUUAUGCAUAAACUGAAUAAUUAAUGUCUCUAUUACUAAUCAGACCUUCCAUUCUGCAACAUGAUAAGUACAGCACAGAAGUUAUACGUUCAAUAUAGGUCAGGUUGAAAAGUAAGGUUUGUCUGUUAAAAUAGUUCCAGAUUAUACAUUUCUUUAAGGAAUUGUUCACCCAAAAACUAAUUUCUGUAAUUUACUCGGCCUCGUGUUUUUUUAAACUUGUAUCCAUCUUUGAUGGAACACGAAAAGGAGAUGUUGAGGAAUGUUAGCCUUUAUAUAUUAUUCACUUUAAUUGCAACUUUUGCCAUUUGGAAUAACAUGAGGGCAAGUAAAUGAUGCCGGAAUUUUCUUUUUUGGGUGUACUGUCCCUUUAAGUCUUAAAAGGCCACAAACGUGUCUUAGUUUUGUGUUGACCAUCUGAGCUGUAAAGCCAGACCAAGAAACGUGCUUGUGCAUGUAUCAAACACUCUUCUGCACUGCCUUUCUUUAACAGAAGCUGCAACAAUAUCAAAUAUAUUAUGAACUUAUAACCAGGACUCAAGAAAUAAGCAAAAAUAAGUUCUGGUAAAAUGUCCAUAAGUGUUACAGUGCUGUGAGCAUUAACCUAACUUGAUGUCCUUUGACUUGAAGUAAAAACACUCUGAACACACAAUGAAUGGGACACAUUUAUUUAUAUAUAUAUACAUACAUAUAUAUAUAUUAGGAUUAUAUUUUCGAGACAGUUUUAUUUAUUGGGUCAUUACUUGAAGACAGAGUUCACUUAAGCAGCCUUAAAAUGAGCCUUCAGAGAGUCGGUAGAGGAUCAUUGACUGGUUCGUUAUCACAGCUCAAUGUAUUGUAAUUAUUAAGGGGCUGAAAGUGUUAUCUCAGUAACAUCAAAAGUUGUGAUAAGUGGAUGUAUUGUGAAGUAUUAUUAUAUAAUGUAGAGAACAGUUAUUGAAAAUGUUCUUGCCAAAAACAGUUUGCACAUUUAUAUUGGAUUGCUAACAUGUUAUGAUGGCAUGACUUUUUAUAGUUUUUAUUAUAGGAGAUUGCACAAUUUGUCCCUUUUACUCACCCUGAGGAAACAGUCGUUCUUUAAUUAAGAAUUUGACCUUUUGUGAAUUGAAGCGUUGUGACCAAUGUCACUCAAUGUAAAGAGCGCACUGUAAGGAAGAAAAUACUUUUUAUUUUAUUUAGCUAUUUGUUUAAUUCUGUUUUCAUAUGUAGAACACAUUCUGACAUUAAAGAAACAGUAGAGGAAGUUUCUGCACGAAUGAGAUGUUGAAAGAGACAUGUUGUGAGAAUCAGGGCGUAGCUGUAUUGAGUAUCAUAUAAGAAUAAAGGCCUACAUAUAAGAAUACAUUGUUGGAAUCUCAUAAAAGAGAUUAUCAUAUGAGGGAAAAGCUCUUUAGAAGACUUAACCUUAAAUUACACUGAAGAAAGCUUCACGUGAAGGGUUUUGCAGGAUAUAGUUCAGCCAGUCUAGCUUUUAUCCUCUGCUCUUGUGUUUUUGUUUUUCAAACCUAUUUUCUCUUCUAUGUUUUUUCUUAUUGUAUCAAAGUUGUUGUCAUGGUUACUGAAAUGUUUUUCAACAUGUUUUACUUUUUGAUAUUAAAUAUUUCUUAAGUUAUACAUAGAC